AUCUCUCACACUUUUAUACUGACACAUACAUACAUCUCGUCUUCACAUGUCCAGAACAUGGCCGGUAGGUACGGACGGCAUGAUUCUCAUCGUGCACUCACGCAGCCUCUCUCCGUUUUAAACAAAAAUCCAAAAUAAUUUUUCAAAUUAAUCUCUUUAUAAUCCUCAUAAAUCUUCCCUAAUUUACUAUUUUUCGACAAUUAAUUCACAAUUAGUAAAUGGGAUUAAUUAAAUCUCUUUUCAAUCGAAAGAAAAAAAAUGACCCAACGCCGGCGAAUUCCCCGCCGGUGAACUCUCCGAUCAUGAUAGAAGAGGAGCUACAACAGGUAUUCAACAAAUUCGACAUCAACGGCGACGGAAAAAUCUCGUUUUCGGAACUGGGUUUCAUCAUGGCCAGUUUAGGAACCGCUGUAACGGAGGAAGAAUCGAUUGAAAUGAUUAACGAAGUCGAUGGAGACGGAGAUGGAUUCAUCGAUUUGAGUGAAUUCAUCGAGCUUAACACGAAGAACAUUGAUUCCGAUGAAGUUACGGAGAAUUUGAAGGAUGCUUUCUCUGUAUUUGAUGUGGAUAAAAAUGGAUCGAUCUCUGCUGAAGAGUUGCAAAAAGUGAUGAAGAGUACUGGGGAAGAAUGUUCGCUGGAUGAGUGCCGGAAAAUGAUCGGCGGCGUUGAUUGUGACGGCGACGGGAUGAUUGAUUUUGAGGAAUUUAAAGUUAUGAUGAUCGGAAAAAGAAAAGAAUUAUAGAGAUUUGAUUUGGUUUUGUUAGAAAUUAUGUUAGUGGUUUAAUGUAUCGUUAAGUGUGCGAUUCGAUAUUUUUAAAGUUCGAUUUUGAUAAUUGAAAAUACUCCAGUAUUUAA